UGACACCGGGCUUCAAUGUGUGCCACACCGCAAACGAUUGUCCACGUGCAGACAGUCUGUAUCGGAUAUGAGCUCAGACUGCGAAAGUUACCACAGCAAAGAAAACGUGCUCGUGGAGGGCUUCACGUGUCCGAAAGCGGACAGUGACCCCACGGCACUUUUCUGCUGCGGGUUCAGUGAUUUGAAGUACUGUUGUGAUGACCCCAACAGCUUUUUCCCCUACGAAUAUGGAUACAUGUGGUGGUUAAGUCUUGGAGCUCUUGUGGGUCUCUCUGUAGCAGCUGUGGUUCUUCUCGCCUUCAUCAUCACUGUGUGUGUCCUGUGCUAUCUGUUCAUCACCACCAAACCCAGAUGUCUGGACAAUGGGCUGCCGCUCCGAGCACCAGGCUCUACAUCGAGUCCACAAGGACCAGGGCCGAGUCAUACCAGCGCCCCUGCUGGUCCUCAAGGCCUCAGGAAACACUUCCUGAGGGGCAAACUGGACUGUGACAACCAGCCCCCGGACCCUGACCGCAUUUUCCAGCGUUGUUUCAUGGCUACUGUGACAUCUAUCAAAGUCGAGGGUGCUGCAUAGACGGCUGAUGCGACUUAUGUGAAGACUAAAUGUGAAGACCAUAGGUGCUCAAAUUGCAGCCCGCGUCCAUUUCAAUACUUUCACUUUCAAUAGCCUACAUUUAAUACACUACAUGAAACCCCCCUGGAGAUAUACUUGGUUAAGUAUACUUGCUUGUAGCAACAACAAUGGUGGAAAGUCAAGCUAAUAAACCAAGUCCGCAAUUACCUGCAUCUGUAUCUGUCCUUUCUGCAGCGUUCCGGGUCCACAUUCGUCGUCCCCUCUCUCCCUCUUUCCUAUCUAUCAGUACUGUCCAAUAAAGGCAAAAAAGACAACAAAAAUUAUAUUAAAAAAAAAAGCUGGUAACAGAUCAGUACCAUUUUAAAAGUCAACGUAGAAACCUGCACAAAUAAGUCUAUGCAUGGCAAAUAAUAAAAACAACGGUGGGGACAGUGCUGAUGGCAUGUUCUGGAAGAUCUGGUCUGAGAUCUCUGGUGUAACCUCCAGUGGAAUCCUCCAGUAACGUGUGUACAUAGGCAAGAAUGUGAAAAGAUUCCCUUCACGACACUGCUGGUCUCUGGCCUGACGAACGUCUGGCAAGUUAGGAUGACAACUUAUGGAAAACUGUUGGUUGCAUGGCAACUAGUGGCACCUAAUGAGUGGCACAAGAAUGACGUUCAGGCACCAAGGCUAAUGCUGUUAGCCAAAGCAAUUUCAUUGGACUCAGCAGUUUAAUGUGGAAGGGAGAUGGAAAAGCCCCUGGUUGGAGAAAAGGGGGUUUCAAGGAAAAUGGAUCAACUCUAACUUCAUCAGACCCCGAGGGAUCGAUGAACUUUAUUUAUUUUAUUUAGGAUCCCUAUUAGUUAUUACCGCAGUAACAACUUUCCAUUUUGAGACCAUUCUCAAAUCCGACGACAAGUUCAUGCAUGAAUAGCACAAGCGUUAGGUUGAAUAGUUUCAACAAGACUUAUCUGCCCAACAGUCUUCACAAAUGUUGUGAAAAGCACUGAAGGUGGAACAGAGGAAAUGUAUGUGGUAUCUCACAAAUGACUAAGCGUAGUAAGCUGUAAAUUUAUGGAGAUUUUGUGCGUGACUGCUUGCUAAACAGUGUCCUGACUUCGUAUGCCUUGAACCUGUGCAGACCCCAAUGAUAUGCUGGCUCAGUCAGCAAAUAAUUGAGAACUCCUGGUGUAGACAAUUGAAUAUUUUUAUGGUGAUAAAUCAGCAGAAGAGUCUUUGGAGGAUGAUGUUUCCUGAUUGUAAAAUCACAAGAAUUGAAUACAGAUCAUUUGAGAUACAUGGUUUUAAUUGGCUUUGGAUGGAUGAGAUGAGCUGUGUUAUGAUCAAUUUGUUAUAUUUAUUAGAGCUCAAUUUUCUUGAAAUUUCCCUGAAGUCCAGAGGUUGUUAGCACCUGUUGGUCAUGCAUUUGAUGUUUUAUUCAUCACUUGUUUUCCACGGAGUAAUUACCUGAAAACAUUCCCGGAAUGAUGAUUAACCAUUGACAUUAUAAACUUGUUAAUGUAUUUUGACAAACAAUAAAAACUAAGUGUACUGUC